AUGUCUGCGGUCUGGCAAGAGCUAAAAGCUAAGAGUGCCUCAUCGUACCUAUUCAAGAAGGUCAGUAAGCCCGAAGAUCAACAUUGGUAUGUCUACGGUAACCCGGUCCUGGUGUAUCAUCCUAAGCAGAAGCUCGGCGAUUCCUUCCGACUAGCACACGUCAUUCUACUACGUCCAUCUACUCGCAAUUCUACGCAUGGUAUUCAGGUAGUGUAUCCUAAUGGACAGGUCAGGGUCGAGAGCCCUCACAACGUCGUCCCCCUUCGCCAUUCAAGCUUCACGGGUGAGGACCACUCCGAUUGCCUUAAUUGUCGCUUCCCUACGAGGAUAGGAAUGCCUAUUAUAGUCGACGACGUAAACAACGGUCAAGGUCCAAUGAAAGGAGUCAUAGUGGACGACAUCGACUCGCUCAUUCGCAUCCGUUGGGAAGAUGGUACCGCGACGGAUUUUAUCGAUCCGUCUAAUAUGACCUUUCGAUUCGAUGAUGCGAACAGUACCAAUACCAACUAUUGA